CCCUUCCCCUCCCCUCUCCAGAAAGGGUCGAGUUCGGCUGUUGCGCGCGGGGAAGGAAGGAGGGGCUACGAGGGAUUUGAAAGUGCUCAGGCUGCCGAGUGGAGCUCUCGUCUGUCCCCGCCGCCCGCGAGCGGAUUAAAUUUCUGCAAAUUUAAACUGAAUGAGGCUUUCUUCUGCUGCCUUCCAGAGGGCGCCUGCAACCCGCCGUGCGCUCCUCCAGCGGGAGCGGCCCCGGGGUGCACCGCUGACGACCCGGCGGGCUAGAGGGCGGCGGCGCCUGUGUUUGGGGGACCUCGCCACCCGACUGCGCCCCUCUUGGACUAGCAGCUGCUGCGCCCAGCACCCGAGCAGGGUACCCGACGGGACGGCGGACGCGAUCUAGGCGACCGAUCCUCCGAGGACGAACUUCUCGGGGGCGGGUCCCCGGUCGCCCCGUCGCCAGCUAUUGUCUGCGCGCCGCGCUCGCAAGGAGGCGCGGGGGGCGUGAGCGCGAAGACCCGGGCCGGGCGGGGCCGGGCCCAGGGCGGCGGCAGGAGGAGCCGGGGCAGUCCGGGGAGCCGGAGGAGGAGCGGCUGCGAGCACGGGAGCCGAGCGGGCGCGAUGCCGGCAGCGGCUGGGGACGGGCUCCUGGGCGAGCCGGCAGCGCCGGGGGGCGACGGGGGCUCGGAGGACGCAGCCAGGCCGGCGGCGGCCUGCGAGGGAAGUUUCCUGCCCGCCUGGGUGAGCGGCGUGUCCCGCGAGCGGCUCCGGGACUUCCAGCACCACAAGCGCGUGGGCAACUACCUGAUCGGCAGCAGGAAGCUGGGCGAGGGCUCCUUCGCCAAGGUGCGCGAGGGGCUGCACGUGCUGACCGGAGAGAAGGUCGCCAUCAAGGUCAUCGAUAAGAAGAGAGCCAAAAAGGACACCUAUGUCACCAAAAACCUGCGGCGCGAGGGCCAGAUCCAGCAGAUGAUCCGGCACCCCAACAUCACGCAGCUGCUGGACAUCUUAGAGACGGAGAACAGCUACUACCUGGUCAUGGAGCUGUGCCCCGGCGGAAACCUCAUGCACAAGAUUUACGAGAAGAAGCGCCUGGAUGAGGCCGAAGCGCGUAGAUACAUCCGGCAGCUCAUCUCUGCGGUGGAGCAUCUGCACCGGGCAGGAGUGGUUCACAGAGACUUGAAGAUAGAAAAUUUGCUACUAGAUGAAGACAACAACAUCAAGCUGAUUGAUUUUGGUCUGAGCAACUGUGCGGGGAUCCUGGGUUACUCGGACCCAUUCAGCACACAGUGCGGCAGCCCUGCCUACGCUGCUCCGGAACUGCUCGCCAGGAAGAAAUACGGCCCCAAAAUUGAUGUCUGGUCAAUAGGUGUGAACAUGUAUGCUAUGUUGACCGGGACCCUGCCUUUCACAGUGGAACCUUUCAGCCUGAGGGCUCUGUACCAGAAGAUGGUGGACAAAGAAAUGAACCCGCUCCCCACCCAGCUCUCCACAGGGGCCGUCAACUUCCUGCGCUCUCUCCUGGAACCAGACCCUGUGAAGAGGCCAAAUAUUCAACAAGCACUGGCAAACCGCUGGCUAAACGAGAACUACACUGGGAAAGUGCCCUGUAAUGUCACCUAUCCCAACAGGAUUUCUCUGGAAGACCUGAGCCCCAGCGUGGUGCUGCACAUGACUGAGAAGCUGGGCUAUAAGAACAGCGACGUCAUCAACACGGUGCUCUCCAACCGCGCCUGCCACAUCUUGGCCAUCUACUUCCUGUUGAACAAGAAACUCGAGCGCUAUUUGUCAGGGAAAUCUGACAUUCAAGAUGGCAUCUGCUAUAAGACCCAGCUCUACCAGAUAGAGAAGUGCAGAGCCAGCAAGGAGCCCUACGAGGCCUCCCUGGAUACCUGGACAAGAGACUUGGAAUUCCAUGCUGUACAGGAUAAGAAGCCCAAAGAACAAGAGAAAAGGGGAGAUUUUCUUCAUCGUCCGUUUUCCAAGAAGCCGGACAAGAGCCUGCCCUCGCACAAACAGCCCUCAGCCUCCCUCAUCACCCAGAUCCAGAACACCAAAGCCCUCCUCAAAGACCGCAAGGCCUCCAAGGCGGGCUUUCCCGACAAAGAUUCCUUUGGUUGCCGCAAUCUUUUCCGCAAAACCUCUGAUUCCAAUUGUGUGGCUUCUUCUUCCAUGGAAUUCAUCCCUGUCCCGCCUCCCAGGACACCCAGGAUUGUAAAGAAACUAGAGCCACACCAGUCAGGGCCAGGAAGUGCCAGCGUCCUCCCCAAGGAAGAGCCGCUGCUGCUGGAUAUGGUGCACUCCUUUGAGUCUGUGGACCGCGAGGACCACAUAGAACUGGUGUCCCCUUCCCACCAUUAUAGGAUCCUGAACUCACCUGUGAGCUUGGCUCGUAGGAAUUCUAGUGACAGGACACUCUCUCCGGGGCUACUGUCCGGAAGCACGUCACCUCUCCAAACUCCACUGCAUUCCACGCUGGUCUCUUUUGGGCAUGAAGAGAAGAACAGCUCCCCGAAAGAGGAGGGCGUGUGUUCCCCUCCUCCAGUUCCCAGCAAUGGCCUCACACAGCCUCUGGGAAGCCCCAACUGUGUGAAAAGUAGGGGAAGAUUCCCCAUGAUGGGUAUUGGACAGAUGCUGAGGAAGCGGCACCAGAGUCUGCAACCUUCUUCAGAGAGGUCCCUGGAGGCCAGCAUGUCCCCCCUGCAGCCCACAGGCCCCUCCAGCCUCUCCUUUGACAUGGCUGAUGGUGUCAAGGGCCAGUGUUAACACGGGAUGACAAGAUUCGUGGUCUUUGAUGAGAAUAGUAAUGGAACAGAGCUCCACACAUACAUCAGGGCAUGAGCAGUCAACCUCUCAAGAGCAUCCUUCAUCCCUGCCUCACAAUGUCCCAAGCUCGGACCAGUUAUAAUCCACACACUCAAAGCCUGCACACCCAGCCCAGCCUCACUUAGGGAUCAUCUGAGAUGCUGAAAAUCAGGAGGGCCAUCUCUAGGGGCCGUCCAUUCCAGUCUGAGACCCUCUUUCCUACAACCCUUCAUCCAGCCCUCUCCAGUAUCCCCCAGCUGGGUUCAGAGCUGAAAGCCACACCUCCAUCGCUGGACCACUCUCAGUUCCUCAGUUCCAGGUCGGUAGGAGGCCUUCCUUUCCUCUGCUACAUGUGUGCCUCUCACAGACUGCUCUGUCCAGUGACCAGUCACGGACUCAUAGGGACCAUACCACUCCAAGGAUGUCCACCCAGCCUAGGGAUUCUACAGAGGGAAGCAACCCUUCUUCCCCGAACAGUGAGUCCCUGCGGGAGGGCAGGAGUGUUGAGUCACACUGCCGGACCCCAGGAACCCCAGAGGAAGAUGGGAUAGAGCCUCAGACAGAGAUGGAACCCAACAGUGAGAUCCCACAUGGACCACAAAGACUAAAAAAACCCUACAAUGUUUUCUCUAAUUUGUCUUUUCUGUCUUUCUUUUUCCUUUUUUUUUUUUGAUUGAAACUUGCUGAGGAUUGAAAGAACUUGUCCAAAGAAAUCUUUCUUUAUAUGAUGCUAUUAAAUUGAAGUAACUUUUUUGGGGGGGCGGAGGGAGUCAGGGUCUCCAUUAAGUAGCCCAGGCUGACUUUAAAGUCUUCAUCCUCCUGCCUCAGCUUUCAAAGUGCUGGAAUGGCAAGUGUAUACCCCUGUGUCUGUCUCAAAAUAGCAAUUUUUCAAAAAAACCUCAAUGACCAGAUGGGAAGUGCUUCUCCCAAAUUCAUGUUUUCCUGAGGGAUGCAGCUUCACUCAGGUGGCCAAAAAGCUGACCCGGUUAGUGAUGGCAGUAACGUUAGACCAUGGUGGCCUGCAUGAGGGACGGCAGCCUGGCCAACCUGUGUUUGUACUGUGGCAGCAGCUCCGGGUGGUUCCGGAGAAAGAGAAGGGGUUCUCAAGGCAGAGUCAAGAUGACGGCAAGAAGGCGGCAUGCACUGUGCAGUGCUAUCUCUCGGCUGCAGCUGGAGCUUAGCUAUGCUGGGGGCCGGGAGCAGGCUCGCCCACUGGGAGCGCCUUCACGGAUAGUUUGUCCCCAAGGAAAGCAGGGUCCCCGAAACAGGCUCUCGGUCCAUGUUGUCUUCUGCACCUUUCCCCUCCAGGAUUGAACCAAAGAUGCGUUUCCGGUUUCGUGGCUGUGACACCCUUGUGUCUCUUGUGGAAUCUGGUGUUGUCGAAUCCUGUCCAGCUGGCACUUGAUGGGGGACUGUCUCAUGUGGAUCCUGGUCCUUAGCGGGGGACUGCUCAGUCAUGGGCAGCUUUGUAAGGAGGAGAAGGACUGGCGCAAGUCCGGUUACAGUCGGUUUAGGAGAUGAGUUAUGGAAUAGCCCAGAAUCUUCGAUCUUUGUCUAUUUCAGAUGUGAUCAGAGACCACAGCGGUAGGCAUGUAGUCUGGUUCAUCAUCUCAGUCCACUGAUUGUAAAGUGGGCUAAUUUCUUUAACGUCACAAAGCCAGUCUUGGCCAUGGAAGGAUGAGACACAGCAUCACCGUCUCUCAUUUGCCAGUGGUGGCUUCCCUUGGCCUCCCUCAGCUCUGACAGGGCAAGAAGAACACACACAUUUGGCUGACCCUGGAAGCAAGAUGCUCUAGUCCUUGCUGAACUUGGCAAGACCUGGGCUGCUUAAUCCCAGGGAGGGGCUCCCCCACUCCCUAGGGACCAUUAAGAAGGCCGGUUUCCUCCCGGCAGCCAGCGCUUCCAGAGCUUAAUGUUGAAACAGAACUCCGCAAGCAGAGGGAAGAGAAGACUCAUCUGCAGAUGCUGAAUUGGCGUCGUGUGCUUGAGUUUGACGGGUGAAGAAUCCUUUCUGAAGCACCUAACUGCCAACUGUAACCGCCCCGCCUGGCUCUGCCAGUUGGCAGGAUGUAUACCUGUGUGCCGUGCCCCCCUUUUCUGUAGCCCCUUAUGUCUCUUUCUGGCUGUUUGCUUUCCUCACACGUGUGCGUUUGUGUGUGCCUGUGUUGGUGUUAGCUCAUGGAGAAAGUGUUUCCCAUUCUGUGAACGCGUCAAGAAAGGCGUCAGAUACACAACUAUCUGACACAACUAACGUUGCCAGGGGUAACAGACUCGGAACUCAGGUGUGUGGUGAGCCCAGUGGUAGAGUGCGGAGGGGAAACUAGCUGCGUUUUGCAAUGUGUCUACACCUGACAGACAAAUCUAUGAAGCCAAGUGAAAGAAGAAUGUUGAGUUCUUUGUUGUUCUAUUAUAUUUAUAUGGAAAACUUGACUACCCUUUUGUUAAGAACAGAGUGUGUUGUCUGUUUGGCCCAUGACUGUCCUUCAUGAGUCUUUGCCUGUGAUUUCAGUCAGCCUGUGGCUACUGAUGGGAAUGACCGAACUGUCACUGUGUGAAGUCCAGGAGGAAGAGUCCAUCUUAGCUGUACGGUUUGGCCAUGAGUAAGGACUGUAUUUAUGUCACCAUUAUUGACUAUAUGUACUUUUAUAAUGGCUGUGAAAUACAC